AUGACUUCCUCUUACCAAAUCGCAUCCAUUCCCGGUGACGGCAUCGGUCCCGAAGUUGUCAGUGCAACGAUUCAAGUGGUUGAGAAGCUGGCAAAGACACUCGGAACUUUUCAGAUCAACUUCACUCACAUUCCGUGGGGUACCAACUAUUAUAAAGAGCAUGGACGAUAUCUCUCAACUGAUGCCUUGGACACUCUGCGAAAAUAUGAUGCUGGGCUCUUCGGCGCAGUAGGAGAUCCAGACGUACCGGAUCACAUUUCUCUAUGGGGCCUAUUACUUGCCAUUCGAGGUCCUCUCCAACUUUACGCCAAUGUUCGACCCGUGCGAACAUUCCCAGGAACGAAAUGUCCUCUCAAUACUGCAACCAAAGGAAUCGACUGGAUGCUGGUACGCGAGAACUCGGAGGGCGAAUAUUCGGGCCAUGGAGGACGUUCCCAUUUUGGUCAACCAUGGGAAGCUGCUACGGAGGUAGCCAUAUUCACCCGAGUGGGAAUCGAACGCAUCAUUCGAUUUGCCUUCGAAACUGCUCAGUCGCGGCCUCGAAAGUAUUUGACUGUUGUGACAAAGAGUAACUCCAUGCGCAAUGGAAUGGUUCUCUGGGAUGAAGUUGCGGCGUCCGUUGCGAAGGAAUUCCCCGACGUGACUUGGGACAAGAUGCUCGUGGAUGCCAUGACAGUGCGGAUGGUCUCGAAGCCGGAUUCUCUCGAUACGAUUGUCGGCACUAAUUUGCACAUGGAUAUUCUUUCAGAUCUUGCUGCUGCCUUGGCUGGAUCUAUUGGAAUCGCACCAUCCAGCAACCUGGAUCCGACUCGUAAGAAUCCGUCUCUGUUUGAGCCGGUUCACGGGAGUGCUUUUGAUAUUAUUGGAAAGGGAGUUGCCAAUCCUGUUGGGACAUUCUGGUCAGCGGCAGAGAUGCUUACUUGGCUAGGGGAGAAGGAUGCAUCGGCUAAAUUGAUGCAAUGUGUUGAGAAUGUUUGCGCUGCUGGUAUUCUGACGCCUGAUUUGGGUGGUACCUCCGGUACCCAAGGAGUGGUCGAUGCAGUUUGCGCUGAGAUUGAGAAACUUAAGACUUGA